GUUGUGACUGAAUUCCUCUUCUUUGGGGUUGAGAGCGGGAUGAAAAACGUCUACCUAGAGCUGGCCAUCUUCCUAUUGGUGGUCUACCUGAUGAUCCUGAUUGGAAACCUCACCAUACUUACCCUGGUGGCGACAGACCCCAAGCUGCAGUCAGCCAUGUACAUUUUCCUCAGCCAACUGUCCCUCGUAGACAUUGUGAUAUCGACCAGUGUUCUGCCUAAGAUGAUAGCAGUGAGUUUGUGGAAUGACGUAACGAUCUCCUACUCAGCGUGUUUCCUCCAGUUGUAUGUGUAUUUGUCAUUUCAAACCGUCGAGAGCAUGCUGCUGUGUGUCAUGGCCUAUGACCGCCAUGUCUCCAUCUGCAAACCCUUACACUACAGCAGCAUUAUCACUAAAGAGACUGUGCGCAACAAAAUACAAUUUUGGUUCUGUGACCUUCCUCCUUUAGUUUCACUGUCCUGUUCGGACACAACCUUUUUGAUCGACGUGGCUCUUGUGUGUGCUUUAAUAGCGAUCUAUUUCCCGUUCACUGUCAUUAUUUGGUCCUACUUCAGAAUCAUUGUAGCCGUCUGCAAGAUUGGAUCUUCAGAGGGCCGUAUGAAAGCCUUCUCUACCUGCUCCGCACAUCUCACUGUCGUCGUCACCUUCUACCUCGCUCACUCCUACGUCUACAUCAGUGCCAAAUCUGAAAACGUUCACUGUAAUGUUAUAAUCUUGAUAUCUAUUGUUAACUGCUUCCUGACUCCUGUUAUGAAUCCCAUCAUCUAUAGUUUAAGAAACAAAGAGAUAAAGGCUGCGCUGAGAAAGCUCUGUUCUGGUAAGGGCGACUCUGAUGGUGUACAACAGGGACACUUUUGA